CAGCUCACUGCCGGAUACAUAUACCCAGCCAGUUCUUCCACCCCUCUGCACGGCACGGCGAGGCAACGCAUAAUGGUGGGGAGAGGGUGCCAAAUGGAGCCAGUGGCCGUCGUGGCGGUGCCGUUCCCGGCGCAGGGCCACCUGAAUCAGCUCCUCCACCUGUCGCUGCAGCUCGCGUCGCGCGGGCUGCCCGUGCACUACGCGGCGCCCGCGGCGCACGUCCGCCAGGCCCGCGCGCGCGUGCACGGCUGGGACGAGGGCGCACUCCGCUGCAUCCAGUUCCACGAGCUCGGCAUCUCCUCGUACGUCUCCCCGCCUCCCGACCCCACCGCGUCCUCGCCCUUCCCCUCCCACCUCAUGCCCCUGUUCGAGGCCUACACCACCAGCGCGCGCGCCCCGCUCGCGGCUCUCCUCGACAAGCUGUCCGCUUCCCACCGCCGCGUCGUCGUCGUUUACGACCGCCUGAACGCCUUCGCUGCCGAGGAGACGGCGAGGCUGCGGAACGGCGAGGCUUUUGGGCUGCACUGCUUGGCCCUGUCGACACUCCUUGGGAAGAUGGACGGCGGGCUCCGACUCCUGCGUGAGCGCGGCCUGGCGUUCCUCGGCGUCGAGGAAUGCGCGUCGAAGGAGUUCGUGGAGUACGUCAAACGCGCGAGGCCGCCGAAAGAGAUCUCGCCCGGCACAGGCAUCCUGGGAAACACCUGCCGUGCGCUCGAGGCUGAGUUCAUCGACGUUGUCGCCGACCACCUGGCAGCCGGCGGGAAGAAGCUAUAUGCCGUCGGGCCGUUAAACCCACUGCUCGACAUGAGCGCGUGGAAGCAGGGCAAACAGCGGCACGAGUGCCUGGACUGGCUCGACAAGCAGCCUCCGGCGUCGGUACUGUACGUGUCUUUGGGCACAACAUCGUCGCUGCGGACGGAGCAAAUUGCAGAUCUUGCAGCAGCACUGCGCGACAGCAAGCAACGUUUCAUCUGGGUGCUGCGCGACGCCGACCGCGCCGACAUAUUCGCGGACCACGUCGAGAACCGACACACGAAGCUGCUGGCCGAGUUCACCAAGCAGACCGAAGGGAGGGGUCUGGUGGUCACCGAGUGGGCGCCGCAGCUGGAUAUCCUGGCGCACGGCGCCACGGCGGCUUUCAUGAGUCACUGCGGCUGGAACUCGACCAUGGAGAGCCUGAGCCACGGGAAGCCCAUUCUUGCAUGGCCGAUGCACUGCGACCAGCCGUGGGACGCGGAGCUAGUGUGCAAGUAUCUCAAGGCCGGCAUGCUCGUGAGGUCGUGGGAGAAGCACAAUGAGGUGAUACCGGCGGAGGCCAUCAGACAAGUCAUCGAGGAUGCCAUGCUUUCUGACGAAGGAAUGGCAGUGCGGCAGCGAGCAAAGGUGCUCGGAGAGGUCAUCCGUCUGUCCCGGUCGGACGGCGGCUCAUCGCGCAACAAAGACCUGGAUGACUUCAUUGCUUAUAUCACAAGGUAAUCGUUUAGUUUGAUUGAAGUUGAAAAUGUGAAGACUUGCAGAGGUUUGGCUGCUCCUGUUUGCCACUAGCAUUUCGGUCGUUCUCAUGAGACUCGUGCAUGGCUAGUUUGCUGAAAAUGCAAAUCUACGGGCGCCCGCUUGAAACUCAUGAAGCGCUCACAGAAGAGGACAGUAGACACUUCAUCAGAGACUGUUAUCGAAAACCAUAUGUGAUUGUGAUAA